AGGAGGAGGGACAUCAUGCCCCUGUAUCCGAGGAUGGUCGUGAACAGUCUACUGAGUAUCUCGCCGAGGAGGCUCCUCUGGCUCGGGGGUCAUUGAUGUGUCUCUCGACCGAUGAUGGGAGUUCGAAGCCUUUUGCAGAGCUUCCUGCCAAUCUGAAGAAUCGGCGUAUGAGCAGGGCGAUGGGUGAGUUGUUUACUCCUGCCGACGAUGCUCACUUGUCCUCCCUUGGGAAGUCUGAGAUCGAUGCCCUCCAUGAGAGUUGGGCCGAGUUUUCCAUCAGGAUGACGGCUUACACCCGCCGAUGCUACAGUGGGGAUUCAGAUGAGGUAGAGAGGUUGAGGGAUGAGAUCGGGAAACUUCAGGAGAAAGAGAAGAUGCAUCUCUCGGAGGUGAGUGAGCUGAAGAAGAAGCUUCAUUGGACUGAGUCUGAGUUGGAUCGUGCUAAGAGAUGCAUUAAGAAUGACGAGGGGGAGCUCCAACGGGCCAAGGUUGAUCUUGCCAAAGCCAAGGAAGAUUCGACGAUUCUCACGAGCCAGCGUGAUUCCGUUAACCGGGCGCUGAAGAUGUGAAAGCUGAGUUAGAGGCCGUCAAGGGUCGGCUUAAGACUUCCAAUGCUAGGAUUGGUGAGCUUUUGAGUUCGCAGAACCGUCUGAAGGAGAGGAUCAUCGAAGAGUGGAAGAAUUCCGAGGAGGGUGAGGCUCAUAAUGUUGAGAUAGGCCUUGAGGCGACUUCUGUUGUUACUUCCGACACAUUGCGUCGAGUUCAGCUUGCUUUGGCUGAGUUUGCGCCCAAUGUAGGUUGGGAUGAGAUACAAGGAAAGUAUGAUUCUAUCUUGGCCAAGGAGCGAGAGGAUCUCAGAGCUCAGCUGGUUGCUCAGGACAAGGUCGAUGGAGGCGAGGGCGAUUCGUCUGAUUCUGAUUCUGCUAGUACUUCGGGUUCUGAUUCGAGCAGCAGUGGUGAUGACGACGCUGGUAGCCAUGUUGAUGUCGUCGACCCUUAGGCGGAUGGUUGUUAUUUUCUUGUGUUGCUUUUGUUGCUUUCUUUUCGCGCCUAGUAUGAUGUAAUCUUUGAAGUAGAGGAACAUUGAUAUUGAACUGUAUUUGAUCCUUCGUAGAGGAACUUUGUUAAGAAACUAAAUCUAAGUACUUUUCGAGAUUUUGGCUCAAAAUUUUCUUUCGUUUCAUUCAACAUAGCCUUACACUUUAUUUAUUACAAUGAUGAAAUUACUUAUCAUUUGGCGUCAAUGCCCCUACCAUGCCCCUAUUACAUCAUUGAAACUUAAAUACAUACCAGACACUUUAGAUGUAGAAUUUCUUAAGGUUGUCGGCAUUUCAUGGUCGAGGAAGUUGCUUGCCUUUGGUGUCGACGAGGUUGUAGGUGCCAGGUUCCGUUCGGCUUCUUUACCACCCUGCUAUCACCCCAACAUAUCCCUCGGUGUGAUCACUAUGGACAUCUGAUCCCUUGUUAUCUUCCUUCUU